CUACAUUUGCAAUUGUGGGGUGUCAGAAAUCUUUCUGAGCGUGUACACGCGACUCUUCCUUCCAGAAAACCCGCCACUCUUUUCCCGCCAAUCGCCACUACACAAUUACAUAUACAGAAUAAUAUAUAUACACACUAUUAUACACAUAAAGGGCUAAGGCAGACGGUACUCCCUCCCAGAAACCCUCUAUCUGUCUCGCAAAGAAUCGCCAUAAAAUGGAUAACAAUUUGCAGGAACAGAACAAGCUCCCGGAGCUCAAACUCGAUGCUAAGCAAGCUCAAGGGUUUCUCUCAUUCUUCAAAACUCUACCGCAUGACUACAGGGCUGUUCGGUUCUUCGAUCGCCGGGACUAUUAUACUGCUCAUGGUGAGAAUGCAAGUUUCAUUGCAAAGACAUAUUACCAUACUACUACUGCUUUACGACAAUUGGGUGGUGGGUCAGAUGCCAUCUCUUCUGUUAGUGUAAGUAGAAACAUGUUUGAGACAAUUGCCCGUGAUCUUCUCUUGGAGAGAACAGACCAUACCCUUGAUCUGUAUGAGGGUAGUGGCUCAAACUGGAGACUAGUGAAAAGUGGAAGCCCUGGAAACCUAGGCAGUUUUGAAGAUAUUUUGUUUGCCAACAAUGAGAUGCAGGAUUCUCCAGUGGUUGUUGCCCUAGUGCCAAACUUUCGUGAAAACAGGUGCACUGUUGGCAUGGGCUAUGUUGAUCUUACUAAGAGAGUUCUUGGUUUGGCUGAAUUUCUUGAUGAUAGCCACUUUACAAAUGUGGAGUCAGCUUUGGUUGCUCUUGGUUGCAAAGAAUGCCUUUUGCCUGUGGACACUGCAAAAUCCAGUGAAUAUAGACCUUUGCAUGAUGCAUUAUCAAGGUGUGCUGUGAUGGUAACUGAGAGGAAAAAAACUGAGUUCAAAGGAAGGGAUUUGGUACAAGAUCUCGGAAGGCUUGUCAAAGGUUCUAUAGAGCCAGUUCGAGAUUUGGUAUCUGGGUUUGAAUUUGCGCCUGCAGCUUUGGGGUCAUUACUGUCUUAUGCAGAAUUACUUGCUGAUGAGAGCAAUUAUGGAAAUUAUAAUAUCCGACAGUACAAUCUUGACAGCUAUAUGAGGCUAGAUUCUGCUGCUAUGAGGGCGCUGAAUGUCAUGGAGAGCAAAACUGAUGCUAACAAAAAUUUUAGUUUGUUUGGUCUCAUGAAUAGAACAUGUACUGCUGGGAUGGGAAAAAGAUUACUGCACAUGUGGCUAAAACAGCCUUUAUUAGAUGUGGAUGAAAUCAACUCCAGGCUAGAUUUGGUACAAGCAUUUGUGGAGGACACUGCACUUUGCCAAGAACUGAGGCAACAUUUGAAGAGAAUUCCAGAUAUUGAGCGAUUGAUGCACAAUCUUUUGAAGAGGAGAGCUAGUUUGCAGCAUAUUGUAAAGCUUUAUCAGUCAAGUAUUAGACUUCCAUACAUUAAAAGUGCCUUGGGACGAUAUGAUGGGCAAUUUUCACCACUGAUCACAGAGAGGUAUUUGGAUCCCCUAGAGCUCUGGACUGAUGAUAAUCACUUGAAUAAGUUCAUUGGCCUUGUGGAAGCUUCUGUUGACCUUGAUCAACUUGAGAAUGGGGAAUACAUGAUUUCAUCUGAUUAUGACCCUAAAUUAUCUGAACUGAAAAAUGAGCAAGAGUCACUGGAAAGACAGAUACACAAUUUGCAUAAACAAACUGCUAAUGAUCUUGAUCUGGCUCUCGACAAGGCUUUAAAGCUAGAUAAGGGUACACAAUUUGGACACGUAUUUCGAAUCACAAAAAAAGAAGAGCCAAAAGUAAGGAAGAAGCUUAAUAGCCAUUUUGUUGUUCUUGAAACCCGCAAGGAUGGAGUGAAAUUUACAAGCACAAAGCUCAAGAAAUUAGGGGACCAGUACCAAAAGAUACUUGAGGAGUAUAAGAAGUGUCAGAAAGAGCUGGUUGUUCGAGUUGUUCAAACUGCCUCAACUUUCUCUGAGGUCUUCGAGGGUUUAGCUGUGUUGCUCUCGGAGUUGGAUGUCUUACUUAGUUUUGCUGAUCUGGCUGCUAGUUGUCCCACUCCUUACACAAGACCAGAAAUCACUCCGUCGGAUGUGGGAGAUAUUAUAUUAGAAGCCAGUAGGCAUCCUUGCGUGGAAGCUCAAGACUGGGUGAAUUUUAUACCAAAUGAUUGUAAACUAGUCAGAGAGAAGAGUUGGUUUCAAAUCAUCACAGGCCCUAACAUGGGUGGGAAAUCCACAUUUAUACGACAGGUCGGAGUUAACAUCCUGAUGGGACAAGUUGGUUCUUUUGUUCCUUGUGACAAAGCUAGCAUUUCGGUUCGUGAUUGUAUUUUUGCUCGAGUGGGUGCUGGUGACUGUCAGCUGCGUGGAGUUUCUACAUUUAUGCAAGAAAUGCUGGAGACCGCAUCAAUCUUGAAAGGAGCUACUGAUAAAUCACUGAUAAUCAUUGACGAGUUGGGCCGUGGAACAUCAACGUAUGAUGGAUUUGGUUUAGCUUGGGCCAUUUGUGAGCACCUUGUUGAAGUGAUUAAAGCGCCUACUUUGUUUGCAACCCACUUUCAUGAAUUAACUGCAUUAGCUCAUGAAAAUGCCAAUCAUGAAGCUUCUGCAGAGAAAAUCAUUGGCGUGGCAAAUUAUCAUGUCAGUGCACACAUCGAUUCUUCAAACCGCAAGCUGACGAUGCUUUACAAGGUAGAGCCAGGGGCUUGUGACCAAAGUUUUGGCAUUCAUGUUGCAGAAUUUGCAAACUUUCCUGAAAGUGUCGUCGCCCUUGCUAGAGAAAAGGCUGCUGAAUUGGAAGACUUUUCACCAAUUGCUAUCAUUUCAAAUGAUGCUAAAGAAGAGGUGGGAUUGAAAAGGAAGAGAGAAUGUGACACAGAUGAUAUGUCCAGAGGUGCUGCCCGGGCUCACCAGUUCUUGAAAGAUUUCUCUGAUUUGCCACUAGAGAAGAUGGACUUGAAGCAGGCUUUGCAACAAGUGCGAAAGUUGAAGGAUGGCUUGGAGGAUGAUGCUGUGAACUGCCACUGGCUCCAGCAGUUCUUUUAGUCGUCUUCAAGAUGGAAGCUGCCCUUUUCCAAAUUUUGUAAAUUAAAUGAGUGUCAAUGUUCUCUUCCAAAGGGACAGUGGGUGAGGUAAAGCCCUUGCCUAAUGCUCCUCGUCUGCCCCAUCUUGCAUCUUCAAUGUGGAAGUAUCAAAUGCAACUGUCCACCUCAACUUCAGCUGUCGCCAGUUUUCUCUUUCAGCUGGCAGACCUGGUGACCGUGGUGGGAGAUUCAACGGAAAGCAUGGGCUAUUCUUGUAUGCAUGGCUUCUGUUUAUAAUAACAUUGUCUUUUGUCUUAACAAUCAGUGCUAAUGUGGUUUGUCACGGCUUGAAACUUUUGUCA